CGAAGUAAACAAUGUCGUGCUUGAAGUUUUAUUUACCCAUCUUAAGUUGAAAUUUUGUGAUAAAAAUUAUGUGCCCAGAAAAGUAUUGCUUUUAACUUUAAGUAUUAUUUGAACUGGAGCGAAGCACUCAUAACUUUUGAUGUUGACACAAUUCUAUUUUAUUUUUCAACCGCAUUUAACCUUGGUGACAUACCAUGUUUAAAUGUCCUCAUUGUGCCACCAUGUGCCUUUAAAGCACUUUUAACUGUUGCAGGAUGCUCAAAACCGUUUUAGAUUGAUCUUUCAUGCUGGAAUGCUUGUAAAAAUGCAGGAGCAUGAGCAGCAAAUUGUAGACCCGCGCAUCUUUCCUCAGGAGGUUGCGCAAUGGUUCACACCAUCAGUUCAACAAACCUCGAUUAUCUACACAUCUCAGCCAUCUACUGUUAUUCAACAGCAAAAUGAUAGAAUGCUUCAGAUUCCAGUCGGGGAGAGAUCUGUGUCCUGUGAAACAACAGACGUUACAUUUGUCAGUAAUAUCAUGCAGCCACUGCCUCUUCAAAAUGAUCACCCAACUUUGGAAGCUCCGCAUAUCUCAAUGGAGAACCUUACCCAAAACUCGCAAGUUCAUUCAAAUGAUUUUCUCUCACUGGUCGUGGUCGAACCGAAAAUCAAGGAUGCUGCCACAAAUACGGAAGAGAAGUGGGGCAGCAAAAGAUUCCCUGUCAAAAAGACUGUCUCAAGACUGGACAAUAUGGAUUUGAAAUCAAAACCAGAACUCCUUACUCCAAAUCAAAGGUUUCAUUGUCUGACGUGUUUAAGAGAUUUCUCCAACAUUACAUUGUUAAUGAGUCACAAGUGUCACCAAACACAGGCAGACUUACUAAAUUGUGGAAAAAAGUUUUCCAAAUCUGCAUGCUCAACCGUAAAUAAUUUUGUAGAGAAAAACCCGCAACCCCUAGUUUGUCAAGUUUGCAAUAUUUAUUUCUCUAAUGAGCAAGUUUUUCUCAACCAUCAAGAGUCCCAUGAAGUUAGCAGUAGGUACUCUUGUGAUGUCAACCAAAGACAAGAAUUUAGAGAAAUGAAGGAGCUUAAGAGGCAUGAUGGACUACAUAAAACUCAGCACGUUUGUAGUGUUUGCAAGGAAAGUUUCGAGUCAAAUUCACUCUUAAUUUCCCACAAACGCAUUCACUCCUCAGAUCGACCGUAUCAAUGUGACGUUUGUCAUAAGCGAUUUUUUACAAAGUCACAUGUUCAGAAUCAUCGUCGAGUUCACUCAGGAGAGAGACCUUUUGUCUGCAAUGUUUGCGGUCGCGCUUUCGCUGAGAGUUCUUCCUAUAGACGACAUGAGCGCUUGCAUCAGCAAAACAAAAAGUACCGGUGUGAAGUCUGUGGUAGGGGAUUUGCACUAGCAGUUUCUUUAUCUAAGCAUCUAGCUAAGUUGCAUGCGUACUCAUAACUCCUAAGUUGUUUAUUUGUUCCUAGCUGUGUAUUAUUUUUCAAAAUAUUUUCAUAUUUUAGCUGUAAACUCCGGCAAAUUUAAUAUUAUUUUACACUGUGAUUCAUGUUUCACUUUACUCAAAAUCAGUACCAUCCAUCCAAUCUUACCAUGUUUGGCUGAACAAUUUUUCCUUUCUUUGGAAACAUUGUUGUUCUGACUUUUGAAAAACCAAGUCAAAUUUUUGGUGCACUGAAUUUUCUCUGCCAUCUAAUUUAAGUAUUGACUAUGGCUGUGAUGUAGAUAAAUUAUUGUUUAUAGUUUUCGAAUAUUAAUCUCAAUACAUGAAACAAUACUCUAAGUUGGGGACCACCUUGGAAUUCUCUCAUCAUUAUUUUCAACUCUAUUUUUUCUGUUUCUUAAUGUCCUUUUGUUCUCAACUUUAUCAUAAUGUACAACUUUCCUCAGGCAAAAAGCAAAAUUUUGCGACAUGCAUGUUUUGUCUAGUUGGAUGAAAAAAUCAGAUUUGGAGUUUUCAAAAGAAAACUCUUGUAAGCAUCCCAAGCAGUAAGUUGUAAGAAAUUUAACUCAUUUUUGUGGCAAUAUAGAUGGUAAAAUUGUUUUAUAUUCCUUGCAAUUUUGUACCCUGAGUACAGCAGAUCAGAAUUUCAAAAAGAUUUUUCUCAAAAUCAUGGUAUUUGAACUGUAUGUCACAAACCACCACAGUUCCACUUAGGAUUAAUAUUUGAAUGUUUGUUAAAAACCUCUCUAUCCUCUGGUUUAAUUACCUCAAUUAAACUUAAUUCAGACCAAGGUCUUUUUCCCCAUGGACAGUCACACAUCGACGUUGAAAUUCUCAAACCACGUACCUUGUUAUUAGUGUUUAAAAGUCUCUACUCUCAUUUUAUUUUUUGAAGGAGUACAAAUAAACAUAAUUUCUUGAAAUUUUUCCAAAAAUUACACAAGUUUUUCAAAAUUGAUGUCGAGUAGCUCUUCAGUUAAAAAGUAAAGUAUGACAGGAAGUCUCCAGAGCUGCAAACCAAGAUACGCGGUUUUGAAGUUUCACCAUCAAUUUAUACUGCCUUGCUAAGGAAGAACAGUGUAUGACUCAUUAUCUCUCUGACAUUGCUUAGUUUCAAUUGAUGAAUUACUAGUUCUAAGGGAAGCUUUUGAAUAAUUUUCCUCCAAAUUUUCAAGAAUUUUAGACUUAGCCCCAAAAAAAAAUUCAGAGAAUAUUAUUCGCAACUUUAUCUAAAUUCUCGGAAAAUUUUAAGAAAAUAUAUUCAUCCCUCGCCCAAAAAAUAAAUAUUUUAUAGGAUCAAAUCUGGCAAUAUUUGAAUGUCGCACAGCAUUUUCUCCUAGUACAGCAGUGUGGUGGUGUAUUUAAUGCAUCCAUUUUGCCCUUUCACUGUCACAUAUUACAGUUGAUGUAAAAUAAUUAUGUUUGAAGCUCCAUUAAAUUUGAUCUUCUCUCAG